AUUGGGAAAGGAUUGAUCUUGAAGAUUCCAUCUUUGAUCUUUCUUUUUUACUUAGAUUUUCUUUUCUGUAUUUGUGUUUUUCUGGGGUGUUAUUUCUGCCAAUGUGAAGCCUAAAUACUGAGUGGAUCUCAGACUUUUGUCAUUCUUGGAAAUGUGAGGAGUAAUUUGGAACUUUGCUGGAAAUCUGCAAUCUGUCAUUCUUCUGUUGUGAUUUUCUUCUUGAGCUUGCUCUUAUGAGAUUGUCUUGUAUUGUUUCUCAACUGUGAGAAUGAAAAUUGGAACAUCUGAUUUUUCAGCUUUGAUUUUUCCUGCAUCCUGGCUUUAGCUCUCACUUACUUAGAUUAAGAACAUGGAUUAUGGGCAUGAACGGGAGACGUUGGUGAGAUUUCUCAACGCAAGGGAAGGGAAUAUUUCAAAUGCACAUAAAAUGCUUAUGGAAUGUUUAUCCUGGAGGAUACAAAACAAAAUCGAUGACAUACUGGCGAGACCAAUAAAUCCCAUUGAGUUUUAUAGAGGAAUACGAGAUUCUCAGCUUAUCGGAAUGUGUGGAUACUCGAAAGAGGGUCAUCCUGUCAUUGCCGUUGGGGUAGGGCGAAGCACAUAUGACAAGGCAUCUAAUCAUUAUUAUAUCCAAUCACAUAUCCAAAUGAACGAGUAUAGAGAUCGUGUGAUAUUGCCUUCUGCAACAAAGAAAUUUGGCCGCUACAUAGGCACAUGCGUCAAGAUUCUGGACAUGACUGGUCUAAAGUUUUCUGCAAUGAAUCAGCUCAAGUUAUUGUCGGCAAUAUCCACCAUCGAUGACCUGAACUACCCUGAGAAAACAGAAACUUAUUACAUAGUCAACGCUCCAUAUAUAUUCUCCGCAUGUUGGAAGGUCGUGAAACCCCUUCUGCGGGAGAGGACAAGGAAAAAGGUCCAAGUUCUUUCAGGGUGUGGAAGAGACGAAUUAUUAAAGAUUAUGGACUAUGAAUCUCUCCCACAGUUUUGUAGAAAAGAAGGCUCGGGCUCAUCUCGAGGAAAUGGAAAAGUUAGUGAUUGUUUUUCCUUGGAUCACCCCUUCCAUCAGCAGCUCUAUAACUAUGUGAAGGAGCAAGCUGCACGAGUUGGCCUCACUACGCCAGUGAGACACGGUUCGUUCCAUGUGGAUUGUCCAGAGCCUGAUCCAGCUGAUGUAAAAAUUGCUGAAACUAUAGAAUGUGAGUUUCAAAGACUGGGGAAUCAAAAUGGCCUUUCCCACUCAUCAUCAUGCGAGCUUAAGGUAAAUGGUGACUGAAUUUGGUGCGACCACACUACUGUUAGUAGCUGAAGCCUUGGAUCGUCAUAGAACGUUGGCAUUGUCUCAAAUUCGAUGCAGUUCUUUUGGGGGGCUGAGCUGCCCAUCAUCUGGUCAGUGGAAUGCUUCAAUAUUUGAAAAUGCUGAGUUCGAUGAAUUUGUUGUGUAGUGUAUUGUUGUAUUGGAUAUAAUAUGGUGGUUUCUUGAAUUUAUGUAUAAUAAUAGAAUGCAUAUUCACCGAUUA